AGUAAGGGGUGUAUAACUGAAACUAUAAAAACUCAGAGAGAAAGCUCACCAUCAGGGCUGAGUUUGGGAGAAACUGCACAGAGAGGAUUUAAAGUUAGAAUCUCCUGAUUUUUCACAAGAUGCCGGACUGGAGAUUGGCAAACGCACAUUUUAUUCUGGCUGUGACGCUGAUGCUGUGGAGUUCAGGAAAAGUACACUCAGUGGAUGUAGCAACAGAGGCUUUUGAUUCUGGAGUCAUAAAUGUGCAGUCACCAUCCACAGUCAGGAAAGAGAAAUCAGCUACUAAUCUGGCAGCAAAACUCUUGCUUCUUGAUGAACUUGUGUCUUUGGAGAAUGAUGUAAUUGAAACAAAGAAGAAAAGGAGCUUCUCGGGUUUUGGGUCUCCCCUGGACAGACUCUCUGCUGGCUCUGUCGAUCAUAAAGGUAAACAGAGGAAAGUAGUAGAUCAUCCAAAAAGACGAUUUGGUAUUCCUGUGGAUCGGAUUGGUGGAAGCCGUCUCUCAAAUUCCAGAGGCUAAUUGAUUCUAACCAUGAGUACAAUUUGGACACAGCCUCUCCGGUGAAAUGUCACAAAAACAUGGAAGAUGCUUCAGUGAAGUUCUUUACACUCAGUAAUGAUUCAACAUUCAAAGAACUGACCUUCUGCAAAUCUUUCCACAGUCAGAACUUCAGUCAGUCAUAUCACAGUAUUGUUAUAACUUCAAUUAAAUUAUGCAGACCACUUAAAUGCAUGGAUAUUUUUUUAAAUAUAUAUUUUAAUUAACGGGAAUGGCUCCCUAGCUCCAAACCUUGCUUUUCUAAGAAACAGUCAAAACACACUAUACAUGAAAUGCUUUCUAUAUGCAUUUACCAUUUACAUUUAUGCAAUUGAAGAAUAAUAACUGAAGACUGAUUUUUUUUUUUCUGUACAACUUAGGUACAGUCUGUUUGCUCAUUACUGAGAGAUGAGGAAAGACAAUGUUGUGUAUGUUCUCUUAUAUAUUUGAUUUCUUUUGUAUACUUUGUCAGUGAGCCUCUUGGGUAAUGAUUAUGAAAUUAGGCUUGUCUUCGCAUAUUCACAUUUCAGUGAGGUUCCGGCACAUAAAACAUAGCUCCAGUUCUAGAAAUAAAAGAAGAAUGAUUUAUAAGCAAGGAAAAAAAAAACCCAGCUAGUAAUUAAACCCAUCAAUGUUAUUCUUCGAAACAAUUGAGAAAAUACUUGAAAGUCAGAGCAUAUUGACCAAAUUAGGAAGUGAAGGAUAUCAUUCAUUUGUCAAGUUUGGAGAUCUCAUGUCCUCUAACAACUUUUCUUUUCUCUAAAUUACAACUGGUAGUUAAUUAAGAGCAGCAGCAGCUAAUUACGAGAACAGCAGAUUGUAAAGAACACAGGAGUAACAGAUGAAAUUAUUGGGGAAAAGCAAAGAAUCACUCAGUAGUAAACCACUAGAAUAGUCUGGAACGCAAUUAAAUACAUAUAAUUUUAGCAUGGUACUUUUUGGCAUAGUACAAUAAGCCAUCAUCUUGAUGGUACUGACUCACUCAAGAAACUGAUUGGUUUCAUAUACUCUGUUUCAUAAGGCAUUGAAAAGUAUAAUGUGUUUGGGGGAAAAUUCUUCCAACUACUGAAAAUCUUCAAAUUUAAGUUUACAAAAAAACACAAUAAAUGAACAAUUCUGUUAACUGUAAUAGAUGGGCUAUAGCAAAGAGAAAUGAAUUUUGAGAGCGCUAAUUCUGUUUUUCAUAAACUAUAAACUUAGCAGGAGCACAGGGACAAAUAUCCUGUAGAACUCAUUAUUUGAAAACUAUUUAAGAAGUUAGAAUGUCUCUUGACACUUUUCCCCAAACUUUAUUGAAUUAUAGAAAUAUGUUAUAUUCCUUGGAAGUUCUUUCUUCCCUUUUUCUCCAUCUGGAUAUUUAUAAGGUUCUAAUCCAACUGGGUGCUGCUGCUUCCUGCAAUGACAAAAGGUAUUAAGGCCUACUUCAGCCUAAAAUUUUAUCAUGGUGAAGAUUUAAAGUCAAAUUAAAUAAAUUGAUUUCCUCUCAUCUUUAUUUUUUAAUAAAGCUAUAGUUAUGGCAUUCAGUCUAAUUAAAAUCAGAGGUCACACUAUAUGGAUUUAUACUCUAUUCUAAUCUAUAAUGCAUUUAUCUCAUAAUAUAUACUCAAGUCUUCAAUGAACAAAAUGAGAAAAAUGUUUUCUCCCCUUAAGACCAUUUAAUUUCAUAUUUUAAUUUUUACCACUACUUUAUACAAAGUAAAAAAUAAGUCAACAGUACCCUUGUUUGAAUAAGGCAUUCUUUUAACACUGCAAGAAAUUAAAACAUAAUUUCGAUUAAGGAUAUGAUGAGUCAUCUCAUUCAUUUGUGAAGCUCACAGAACACAUUGUAAACAUGGAUUUCCGUGUUCUGGCAUCAAUCACAUAACUAAUUUUUCAUGAGGGAUUUCUUUCCUGGUUACAUCGUCUUAAAAUCUUCACUACAAAAAGUCUAGCAACACCUUUAAUCUACAGAUAGUUUUAGGGAAUUAAAUUUCUCAAAGCAAACUAUUAAAAGUUGAUUUAAUGGAUUCUUCUAAAAGGAAGAAGUAGCAAAGGCUUUUUUGAGUGACCUUACCCUUGAAGGU